AACAAAACACCAUAAAUUUUCAAAAGGGAAUUACAGAAUUUUGUCUGUUUACAAUUCAAUCCUAUAAAACUUUAACUAUUUCUAGGUGAAAGGUAGUUUCUGUGAUCCGUCACAAAAAGCUGUAAGCUUCUUACCUUAUUUUCCGUUAACAGAUGUAUCUCUGUAUAAUCGUGGUAAACGUCUAAGUUUGAUAUUAUUUUUACUAUAUUGUUUUACUCGUUUUCCCUUUGUUUAUCUUCUAGUUUUUUUGGUUUCCUGAUCCGGUUUGUUUUUGGGUUUUUGUUUUCUUCUGGUCUUCGAGAAUGUUGCAAAGAUCAGUUCGAACUCCUGUCGGUACACGUCCAACAUUUUUCAAAAAGCUUUUUGGAAAUGAACCAUAUUCACCUUCUACACGAGGCCAAUUUCUGGCUCCGGCAAGUAAAGGAUGUUUAAAAAAGAUAGUUGUAAGAACCUGCUGUCAAUAUUCUAGUCGACGGAGGUAUUCUACUGGAAAACGGUUUUUGGGUCAUGUCUCAAACUACUUAUCCCAAGGAAAAAGCCCGUCAGGUUCAUCUCAUUCUACCUCCUCUGCGUCCGAUUUGCUACCGUCUUUUUUCUCUGUAAACGAACAAUUGCAGACACUGUUGCGAACCCCUUCAUUUCAAAAUCUUCAGAUCAAGCUUGAUGAACUAAAAUAUGACGAAUGUUUUUCUAAUCCUACACCCAUCCCCCAGAAAAAAGUUUCCUUUACACCCACUACCGUUGAUUCUGCUCCUCUUGAUCCUCUCCUUUCCGAUAGUCCUACAUCUCCUCACCCACCUUCUUUUGUUCAGCCUCAUCCCCCGUUUCACGUUUUUUCUGCCCCUGUUUUAGACAUUCGUACUUUAACCAAUCCUGGUGCUAUAAAACGUACAUACAAUGUCACUUUGGAUGUCUCAAAAUACCCUUUACGGGAAGGCAGCGAUUGGAAGAUCGGUGGAUCUUUUGGUGUUAUGCCUCCUAAUCCCGAUAAUGAAAUUUUCCGUUUAGCUCAUCUACUGAAUAUUCCUUUAAACGAGCUAUAUGCAACCAAAAUUCUUCAUACCUCUGGUGGAAGGUGGCCGACUAUUUGGGGAGAGGAAAAACCACGUGCAUUGACAACUUCAAUUUAUCAUAUACUUAAGUGGUGCACAGAUUUUCUUUCUAAGCCGCCGUCUAAAGAUUUCUAUCGUUUGUUAGCAAAAUAUUCAACAAAUUCCGUUGAGCACCAUAUCCUUCUUGGACUUUCGAAUUGCUCUCAAAAUAUAUGCUCUGAAAAUUUCUCCGUUUCCGACAUAUUGGAUGCGUUUCCGAACGUACGCCCACCAGUGGAUGAAGUUAUUUCACUGCUACCUCAGUUAAUGCCUAGGUGGUACUCUAUAUCCAAUGAUCCUGAUCUCGGGAAAGGAGUCUUGGAAAUGGCUUUUACAGUACAAGAAUUUACGGCUCCAGAUGGACAGACGCGUACUGGUAUUUGUUCUGGGUUUUUGGAAAAUGUGGCUUUAGAAUAUUUAAAAUGUCAACAAAACGGUACCUUAAAAAACAAAAAAUUUACGUUACCAAUGUUCCGUGGUGUUCAGCAGAAUCCGUUUGCAAAGGAAUUCCAUAAUGAUGGACCAAUGUGCCUUAUUGGUGCCGGAGUUGGUAUCGCUCCAUUCCGUGGCUUUGUGCAAAGACGCCUUGCAAACGCAUCCUGUACAGGAAAAGUUUGGAUUAUUCAGGGUUGUCGGGAUCAGACUUUGGACGAACUUUAUCAUGGUGAAUGGAAUACUAUACCCGGGCAUCACACAAAUCCCAAAUGUCGAGCAAAGAAAUUGGUAGUUGAAUCGAGAAAUGGAAAGCGAGAGUAUGUUCAAGAUGCUGUUCGCAGACACGGAAAAAUUAUAUGGGAUGUCAUCAAUCAUAAAAAUGGACGCAUUUAUCUUUGUGGUUCUGGAAAAGCCUUUGCUACUGAAAUUGAAAAGGCUAUCAUGGAUAUUGCCAUGAAAUAUGGUGGGUAUAAGAAAGAGGAGGCAGCUCGCCAAUUAGAAUAUUGGCAAAGCCCAAUAAAUUACAAAUUCGUUAAAGAAGUCUGGUAAUGUAUUGGUAUUUGCUACAGGGAAAAGGAAAGGAUCAUUUGGUAACCAUGGCUAACGAUUUUGAUGAUUGACAUAUUUUCUAUGAUUCUUAUUUAUUAUAUAUAUCAUGAAUAAUAAUCCUUACCAAAAUACUCUAGUAAGAGUCAAGUAAUUCUUUAAAAUAGCUAUACCAUGGCAUGAAACAUAGGAAAACAGCCUGUGGUAUUCAUCAAUCGUACUUCGUAUAUUUGGCCUCCAGAAAAAUUUGUUUUUCAACCAAAUCAAGUUUUGUAGCCCGUGUACGGCCCAAUUUACAAAGUUUCUCUAAGACGCUUUCGGUUACAUUGUUACAAUUUCUGGGUACUUCAGGUUCCGCUGACAUUCGAGCACGAGUUUCAAAAGAAAUGGUCAAUAAAAUGGAACUAAUAAAUGUUAACAUGGAUGGAACAGAAAGGGUAAUAGCUGCAGGUAAAUAACGAAGAUAUAAGCAGAAAAUACGAUCAGUACUUCCAGCGGACUCAAGGCAUUUGGUUAAUUGACAUAGUCCCCUGCCAUUAGUGGUAGUACCCUAAGCAAAUGAAACGGUUAGCUUUAUCCCACCAAAAAAAGAUAAUCACUAUUUAAAUAUCAUACCUCUGGAAAUACAACGACGACCUUGCCAGUCUUGCUGGCAUCUUUACAGAUUUCGGAGAGUGGUCGAAGAUCUUUUUUAGAGGGAGAUAGCAUAAAGCUUAAUCUAGAAAAGCAUGAAAAGAAAGAAGAAGUAGAUGAAACAGGAAAAACAUUUGAUUGACAAUUCGUUUUUACGAAUAUACAAUCAAACAAAGACGAAACGAUUAAGACAUCUACAGGACUCGUAUGGUUGACAGCAACAAUAUCACCAGGCUGUAAACUAUCCCCUUGUACAAACGAUCUGAAAAAUUAGCUUGCUGAAAAUGAAAUUCCGUUGACUUACCCAACAAGCGUAUAGGAAAGUCGGAAGCAACCCAAUGAGAAUAGUAAAAUUCGUGAAAGUGAACGUUCAAUAAACCCAGCUAUAGACGGCUGAAAGUAUAGUAGCUUCUUGAAGCACGCAGACCAUAACCCAAAGUACAAGAGACCGGAGAUAAUGCAUAACGGGAUGCGAACUAAAGCUACAGGUAAGAUAAUCAACCAUUUAAAGCUUGUAACUGAUGGUUUCUCUGCAUAAAUUGGUUGAA